GGCGCGUCCCGCUGCGGCUCGGCUCCCUCCGCACCCAGAUGAGCGCCCCCGGUGCCGCCGCCCGCUGCCGCCGCCGCCGCUCAGCGCCCCGCUCCCCGCAGGCCUCGCGGCCGCUCCAGCGCCACCUCGACCGCGCCUCCGGUUUCUCCGUUCGGGCUCCCGGGGGCCCCCCGCGCCCCCGUGCCCUCCCUGCCGCCGCCCCGGUUCUCGAGCCCCGCGGCGAAGCCCUGAAGGAGGCGGCCGGGGCCUGGUCCCGCAGCCUCCAAAAACACAUGGACCAGGAUCCCCCCGCAGUGGUGAAAGCAGAGACUCUCCCGGACGCGCUGGCCCCUGUCCUGCCCAGUGAGCAGCUGAGCGAGACGGGGGGAGCCACGGGGGCAGACCCUGCCUGGCCCGCCGAGUGCCCGCUCGCGUCCCCUCCUCAGCCAGGGGCACCGCAGGAGCUGCCUGGGGGGCACAGGGGCCCCCACAAACCGCAGGGGGGGCCCAAGCUGCACUGCCAGGUUCCCUCCUUACCCAGGAGAGUGCAUCCAUGCUCCCAGACCCCCCCUCGAAUGAAAGCAGCACCCCAGGCACUGACGCCCCCAGAGCAUCUGGACCCUCCAAUGUCGGCUUGGCUCGCCGUGUGCCCAUCACCAAGGCCAUGCGCUUAGAGGCAUCCAAAGAGCGCUUCUUCCGCACACCGCGCCUCACCCCCCGCAGCCGCAUGUUGGGCACCCACCAGCGCCCCCUGAAGUGGAGACUGGCCCUGUCCCCCCAGCCUGGCCCCAGCACCGAUGCUGCUGACAGCAAGGAGGAGGCCCCACCCUGGGAGAACAUUGUGGUGCAGCUCUUCAGGGAGGACGAGGGCCAGCAGGCCCCUGAGGGGCAGACACCAGCUCUGCCCAGCACCUCGCCAGGCCCCAGCACGGCUCAGGGCCGUGGUGCAGCUCUUCAGGGGGGAAGAGGGCUGGCAGGAUGCCGAAGUGAUGGUGAAUGCGGCGCUGGCUCUGCCCAAGGCUCAGGGUUCGUGGACUGUUGGCACAAAGCCCACCUUUGGAAUUCCCAGUACAUUCAUUCCAUGCAGGAGAUUGGGUCCUGAUCUGUACCUGGAGAGAAUCAAAACUCCGGCUUGAAUGGGAAGGACCAUUCCAGGUACUACUAACUACUGAAACAGCCGUAAGGACUGCAGAAAAAGGUUGGACUCACUAUACUCUAGCGAAGGCAUCCGUCGACCCUAGUAGCUGAGAAGUUGUUCUUACAGAAGACUUGUUGAAAGUUAAAAUUAAAAAGAAAAUUUUCAUAGUAGACUCUGGGUGGGAUAAAAGCUUAUAAUUGUAAACCAACCUUUUAUUUUUCACAGGUAACCAAUGAAUGUGACUUGCGAUAGGGACAAAGGACUGGCCUAUACAGAAUUGGAGUGCCCCCAAGGGGGGUUUAUUACAAUAACAGUGUGCAUCUUAUUCUUUAUAUUGAUAAUUAUUUGGAAACCUAAGAUUUAAAAAUAAUGACAGGGAGAGGUCAACUAUUAAUUUUGACUCUAGUGAUUGUAUGCCUCAGAGAAGGCCUUGGUCAAUCGACAACAUGGAAAAAGGAUGACCAGACAAUAGGAACAGCAGGAUACCCCAUCAAGAUAUCAAGGUAUGGGUGAAUGUGACAAAGAAUGAAGUAGACUGCCUAGGGAAAUGAGGCCUGUAAGUCUCUCUCUCUCUUUGCUAUUCCCUUCCUUGUGCGACAGGGAUAUCAGAGUUCCCCCUGUGUUCUCCACAGCUGUAGGUAACCAUACAGCUUGCUUCUCACGGCAGGGUGUGAGUGCUACCCAGCAUCUGGGAGAAUUUGCCUUGUGCACUGGGACCCUGACUUGCCAAGGACUUGAUGGGAAACUACUCAAGAAUUGAGAUCCCCAGGGCAGAUCUCUGGUGGUACAGUGGAGGGAAGAUCUUAACGGUCCACCCUACCAUCUAAUUGGGGAGGCAUCUGUGCACUUGUUCAAUUAGCUAUACCUUUCACCCUGGCAUUUGAAAGAGAAACAUCACGUGUAUCCAGAAGAAGUAGAAGAUCCUUAAGAAUAUCAUUUGAUGAAGGAGUACACAUAGAUUCUAUUGGAGUGCCCAGAGGAGUUCCCAAUGAACACAAAGCUAGAAAUCAAAUUGCUGCAGGGUUUGAGUCAUUACUGUUCUGGUGGGUAACAAUCCACGAGAAUACGGAUUGGAUUCAUUACAUUUAUUAUCAUCAGCAGAGAUUCAUAAAUCAUACAAGGGAUGCGAUAAGAGGAAUUGCUGAACAACUAGAUGCCACCAGCAGAAUGGCUUGGGAAAACAGAAUAGCAUUACAUAUGAUGCUCAUGGAGAAGGGAGGUGUGUGCGUGAUGCUGGGCAACCGUUGUUGCACUUUUAUCCCCAGCAGUACUGCCCCGGAUGGCACAGGAACUAGAGCAUUGCAAGGGCUUACCGCCCUUGUCGAUGAAUUGUCAGAAAACUCGGGAACAGACACUUCCAUCACAGGAUAUUUGGAAUCUUGGUUUGGUGAAUGGAAAGGGAUGGUAGUGUCCAUAUUUACAUCCUUGAUCAUAGCAGUAGGAGUUUUGACAGCCAUCGGUUGUUGCAUUAUCCCCUGUGUGAGAGGGCUGGUUCAGCAGUUAAUUAAAACAGCACUAUUGAAACGAACAACCAUGGAGCCACCACCCUACUCAGAUAAGAUGAUGAUAUUAGAGGAGAUGGAAAGCAAAGGAAGUGAAGAGGAAGAUAUCUACCAAAUUACACCUUAGAGAGAGUUUUGCAAAAAUCAACAAUUUAUAAAGAAGAAAAGGGGGGAAUUUGGGGAACAAAAAUGUUGGUUUUGCACCAGAAUUGGUAACAUAAGCACAGGAAGUCCCAGGCAUACCAGGUAUGCUGCUUCAUGGGAAUGCACAAUGUAAAGACAAGCUGCUUCCUGGAUUUGCAUAAUGGGGGGGGGAGGAGGGAGAGAAGACAAGUUCUAGAUUGAUAUUCAACAGAAAAGCAUUGAUUAGGAUGUAUGUGACCAGAUGUAAGAAAGAGUGGUUUUGUGGUUUUUGCAAAGAGAUGUCACAUUGUAUAGGAGGAAGGAACGUGGUGUUGAGAUAUGCUUGCAGUGAUAAGAAAGCUUACCAGACAACCUUGUAAAAUGCAGACAAUAACCACACUCCUUAGCGCAAUUAGGCAAAAAUCACGGUGUCAAGUCAGAUAAGGGAAGAAAUAUUGCCACCUCACAGAGCAAAAAAAAAAAAGUCAUGAAAACCUUGAAAAAAACCAGGCUGGCAACUGAAAGCCAUGUAUUAUUUGUGAUGCGCCAGAUAGGUUGUGAACCUGGACUACCCAGUCAAUGGGGAAAGAGGG